AUGUCCACCGAUCUUCAAGUCCUCGACCUCCAAACCCUAAACUUACCCUCAAUCCACACUUACACCCCAGAUGGACAAUCCUCCGAUUCGAAUUUGCAGCCGAGCCAAACCGACAACCGCCACGGCAAUGGUGACGGCAGCGGCGGCGAAUCCUGCCGGACACCGACAUCCGAGAAGCAUAGGAUCCCUGCGGUCCUCCGUUGUCCUCCAGCGCCAAAGAAGCCGAGAUUCUCUCGCUCCUCCUCGUGCAAGCGGAAGCUGUCCGAGCUGGACUUCUUCGACAUCGUGAACCGCCGCGAGGUCGAUGCUUUCUUCGAGCUGGCCUCUGCCGCCGCCGGAGUUUCUAAAAGGAGACGCCCCCUUGUAGAGUGA